CCAAGAUUAACGAGAUCCGGCAGGUUUCUGGAGCUCAGAUCAAGAUCGGCAGUCAGCUGGACAGCACCAGUGAUCGUCACGUCACCAUCACCGGCACGCCCAUCGCCAUCAACCUGGCCCAGUACCUGAUCACUUCAUGCCCCCUCCCGAGCCAUCACCCCAACUUACACAGCACACCCCCCAUCCGUACAGCGCCCCCCCGACAAUAAUCUGUUGCAACCUCCAUUUAGAGACCGCCAAAUCCACCGCCCAGUCCUCCUCCAUGCCGUCUCCCGUUGACCUGACCAUGAGCUUCACCCAGCCCGCCCCCCCUGCCUCGUCCUCCUCCUCCUCCCCCCUGGCAGCGAUGGGCGCCGCGAUGCCCCACGCUCCUCCUGGGGUCUCCCUACGCCUUUCCCCUCUCCAGCCUCCUGGGAGUGAAGUCCAUCCCCUACCUGGCCCUCUCCAGCCCCCCUGCCUCAGCGGCGGCGGCGGCGGCGGCCAUCGGGGGUCCCUUGUUACCAGGCUCAAUGCAGACGGCAGCGUCGGCAGCCGUCCCGGUUCAGGCUCAUGCCGUGGCGGCCCUGGCGUCCUACACGGCGAAGAUCUCCUCCUCAGCCAACGGGAUGAAGAAGCCGGAGAGACAGAAGUUUGCUCCGUACUGAAGAGGAGAGGAAACGUCACUGAGGUAUCUGGUCUCAGACUGAGGGCAGUUUCAUUUCCCUUCUGUUUCUUCAUCACUCUCUGGUGCACUUUCUCACUCUCUCACUUUUCUGUCUUUGUCCCUUUCUUCCAUUUGUACUGUGUCUCUAUCGAAGUGGGAUCACUGGAAGACGUUUGUCUCUGAUAAGGUCACAAUGUGUUCGUGGUGCAGGAAGUGAGGCUGUUUAACGAGCUGAUGAUGUUUCCAGCUCAGAGCGACUGAUCUGACCGAACAGCUCAGAGUUUACAUGUGGUUGGUUUGUUGUUGAAGAGCAGCUCCUCUUACUCACAGAUCGAUCCUUUCACAAUAAAAGCCUCCCUCUGGGUUCCUGGUGGAAGCUUUUAUUGUGAAGCAGCAGAAGAUGAGCCCGACCUGCUCGUCAGCCAGAAAAUAAUGAAACUAGGAAAUGUGGAAAAACCAAAGAUUUAAGCGAUGGAACCAUUCAGGUUUAUGUUUAACUGUAAAAUGACCCCGACAGUUAAAAUCUUGUCACAAAACAAUCAAUCGUUGUCACAUUUUGUUUGUUAAACUCUCAGAUAUCGGCCUCAGGAACCUGCUGGUUCCAAAAGGAACUGAACUCUGACUCAUCUGAAACUAACAAACCUCCGAGAUUCAAGAUGAAGGCUUUUAGAAACAGAAGAGACGGAUGUGAAGACAUUUACUGUUGUUCUGUGUUCAACACAUUUUAAUGCACACGUGGGGAAAUCUCCUGACCAAUCAGAGCAGACUAUCGGGGGGGGGUCUUGAAGAGACAGGAGCUGAAGAGAGACGCUGAGCAUUAGAGCAUGAACACAUUUCUGAAACCUUCCUGUGAUUUAUUCAACAGGGAAAAUAUACAUUUAGGAGAUAAAAUAUGUUGACUUUAGUGUUUUAAUCUUUAAGGUGAUUAAAGUUAUGUGUUAUAUUCAUUUAGAGACACAAUCUGUUUCAGUAGAAUCACAGUUUCAUCUUCCUUCAUAUCCAAGUUUUCCAAUAAUCCCACUUUCCCCGUCUCACUGAACUCUGUCUUUGUGACGCUGCCCUCGUCGGAGCGAGCGCUGGGACGAUGUGGUGAUUCUCAGAUUUGAGGUGAUUUGGGCCACGAAGCCUCUAAAAGCCAUAAAGACUUUUCAGCUUUUCUCCUCGCUCCUUUAUUCUACUGUGUACUCACAUAUUUAUUGACUAAUAUGAAAUAUUCCCUCAGAGAAUUUAUAUCACUGGUCACUAACACUGGGCUGAACGACUCGGCUUUUGUAUACAAUGAUGUCGACUUGUAUAAAACUACUUCCUGUCUGCUUCCUGUC